AUGCCUCACCAAGUGAUUGAACAGGGAGACGGACUCAAAGUCUCCGUUUUAGGAGCCGCUGGCGGGAUCGGGCAGUCGCUCUCGCUGCUGUUGAAGACGCAGUUGCAGUUUUUGCUGCGCGGUGCAGACUGCGACUCGAAGAGGCUUUCCCUGGCGCUGUUCGACGUGAACAAGGAGGCCAUUGACGGCGUGGCUACGGAUCUCUCGCAUAUCGACACUCCAGUGGAAGUUUCGGCCCACUCGCCACAGUCUGGCGACUCCGCGGGGAUCGGGUCCUGUUUGGAGAAUGCAGACGUUGUGAUUAUCCCCGCGGGGAUGCCCCGUAAACCGGGGAUGACUAGGGACGAUUUGUUCAACAUAAACGCCAAGAUCGUCGCUCAAUUGACAGACUCGAUCGCCGAACACUGUGAUUUGCGCAAAGUGUUUGUCCUGGUCAUCUCGAACCCAGUGAACGCUUUGGUCCCCGUGAUGCACCACAGACUGCGUACAAAGCACCAGGGGCGUGUCCGUGGGACAGGCAUUGAAAGACGUGUCUUUGGUGUCACGAAACUGGAUAUCGUUCGUGCCUCGACUUUCCUAAGAGAAGUAGUGAACAAGGACUCAACAAACACAAUGCCCUUCGUGCCAGUGAUCGGCGGGCACUCAGGGGAGACAAUAAUCCCGCUGUUCUCCCAGAACGAAUUGUCGGAACAACUCACUAAGGAGCAAAGGGAUUUCCUAGUGAACAGGGUCCAGUACGGUGGUGACGAAGUGGUCAAGGCAAAGAACGGUAAAGGUUCUGCGACUUUGUCAAUGGCCCACGCGGCCUUCAAAUGCGCUCAGGAUUUCAUCAACGUUAUCUUGGGGAACACAAAGGAGAUCAACACGAUCAAUUUCGGGUCGCUACUAGACUUCGAGGGCAGGCCGAUCGCCCACGGCGCGGAGAAGUUGCUCAACGCGGUAGACAACUGCUCCUUCUUCGCGGUGCCCAUGACAGUGACUCGUGAAGGUGUCCAGUCGGUAGACUACACCAUAGUCUCACGCAUGGACGCAGCAGAGAAGAACGAGAUGCUGCCCCUGUGUGUCUCAAAGCUCAAGAAGAACGUCGCCAACGGCGAGACCUUCGCAGUCCAACUAGUCUAG